CUGUUUACAAAUUGUGAAGCAGCCAACCGAAGAUUACGUCACGUACGCUUGUCGCAUUAACAAGUCGUGCGUUGAAUUUGAGCUCACGAAGCUAACCGAAGAGCAAUUCAAAUGUUUGGUCUUCGUCUGCGGGCUGAAAUCCGACCGUGAUGCUGAGGUAAGGACACGCUUGCUGACUCGCAUUGAAGAGCGAGAUGAUGUCACGCUGGAACAGAUUUCCGAGGAGUGCCAGAGAUUGGUUAACCUGCGGCAUGACACGGAAACGAUUGAGAAUCCGGCGUCUGUGAACGCCAUGCGAUCGUGGAAGCAGUUCAAGAAGAGUCCUGAGAAGUUCAAGUCGAGUUCCAGUAGCGAGAAAAGAAGCGGAAAUAGUGCCAGAAAACCAGAAGUGUUGUGUUGGUUGUGCGGAGCAUCGCACUAUGCUAGAAACUGUUCAUUCAGGAACCAUAAGUGCAGUGAUUGUUCGAGAACCGGCCACAAAGAAGGAUACUGCCGGAGUGCCGAGAAAGUGAAAAGUGGACAGUUCAAUCGGCGUAAAGGACACGUAGACUCGAAGGUAGUGACAGUGAAUGCGUGCAGUGUACAGAAGCGUAGGAAGUUUGUGCCGGUAGUGAUGAAUGGAGAAACAGUGAGAAUGCAGUUGGACACUGGCUCCGACGUCACCAUUAUUUCAAGCAGAACGUGGAAGAUAAUCGGAAGUCCGCAGAUGGAGGUGAAGUUGGACCUGAAGGCUGGUAAAACUCCAGUUUUUCGCCCAAAGCGACCGGUUGCAUAUGCAAUGUGCCAGGCUGUAAACGACGAACUAGACCGUUUGGAGCAAGAUGGAAUCAUCUCACCUGUGGAUUACUCAGACUGGGCGGCUCCAAUCGUUGUGGUUCGCAAAGCGAAUGGUUCGAUUCGGAUAUGUGGCGAUUAUUCGACGGGUCUCAACGAUGCCCUGCAGCCCAAUCAGUACCCGCUGCCUCUGCCACAGGACAUUUUUGCGAGUCUGGCAAACUGUACCGUGUUCAGCCAGAUCGACUUGACCGACGCAUUCCUGCAAGUAGAAGUCGACGAAGAAUCACGGCAACUUCUAACGGUUAACACACAUCGCGGCCUCUACCAAUACAACCGGUUGCCGCCAGGUGUGAAAGCAGCGCCAGGAGCUUUUCAGCAAAUAAUUGAUACGAUGCUGGCUGGGCUGGAAUGUGUGAGUGGGUACCUCGAUGACGUGGUCGUCGGUGGAGUUGACGCAGAGGAUCACAAGAAGAACCUGGAAGCAGUGCUGCAGCGGUUGAAGGAAUUUGGAUUCACGGUCAGAGCCGAUAAGUGUACCUUCGGAAAGGAGCAAAUCGGCUACUUAGGACUGCUGAUGGAUCGUCACGGGUUAAGGCCAGAUCCGGCGAAGAUUGAAACAAUCCUGAAGCUUCCGGUUCCCACGGAUGUUAGUGGCGUUCGUUCGUUUUUGGGCGCCAUUAACUAUUAUGGAAAGUUCGUGCCGAAUAUGCGCUCUCUGAGGUUCCCGCUCGACGAGUUGCUGAAGGAUGGGGCCAAGUUCCAGUGGACAGCCGAGUGCCAGCAAUCGUUCGAUCGGUUUAAGGAGAUUCUGAGCUCGGAUCUCCUGUUAACUCACUACGACCCGAGGCGUGAGAUAAUAGUGUCUGCGGACGCAUCGUCGAUUGGAGUAGGUGCCACUAUAAGCCACAAGUUCCCUGAUGGCUCAGUGAAGGUUGUACAGCAUGCGGCACGGGCGUUAACGAAAGCGGAACAACGAUACAGUCAGCCGGACCGUGAAGGACUGGCAAUCAUUUUUGCGAUGACCAAAUUUCAUAAAAUGAUCUUCGGUCGCAAGUUCCUACUCCAGACGGAUCACGCACCCUUGCUGAGGAUUUUUGGAUCAAAGAAAGGGAUCCCUAUCUAUACCGCAAAUCGUCUACAACGAUGGGCGCUCACUCUGUUGUUGUAUGACUUUGUCAUCGAGUAUGUUCCGACGGAUAAAUUUGGAAAUGCCGACGUCCUUUCGAGGCUCAUCGAUAACCAUGCGAAACCGGAUGAAGACUAUGUCAUCGCCAGCGUAAUCCUGGAAGAAGAUAUGAGAUCGGUAGUGAAUGAAGCUUCUAAUGUUAUCCCGCUGAGUUUCAAGGUCAUCGAAAAGGACACCCAAUCGGACCCGAAGCUCCGGAAAGUGUAUCGCUACCUGCAAGACGGUUGGCCGGAGAAAUCCAAAAUUGUGGACCCAGAGAUAGCUCGUUUCCAUGCUUGCCAAGAAUCGCUGAACACGGUAGGUGGAUGCAUUAUGUUCGGAGAAAGACUGCUGAUUCCUGAGAAACAUCGAAACCGAUGCCUGUUGCAGCUUCAUCAGGGACAUCCAGGCAUCCAACGGAUGAAGGCCAUUGCUAGGAGUUUUGUAUACUGGCCUUCCUUAGAUGAGGAAAUCGUUGCGUACGUCAAGUCCUGUAAACAUUGUGCGUCUGUGGCAAAAUCGCCGCCGCACUCGCCGCCUGUUCCAUGGCCAAAGCCAACUGGUCCGUGGAAGCGGGUUCAUGUAGACUAUGCGGGACCGAUAGAUGGAGACUACUUUCUUCUGGCCGUUGAUGCGUACUCAAAAUGGCCGGAGAUUGUUCAAACGCGACGGAUUACAUCAGCAGCAACGAUCAGCAUCCUGAGAAGUCUAUUUGCUCGUCUCGGAAUGCCGGAAGUAGUUGUCAGCGACAAUGGUACACAGUUUACGAGCAUAGAGUUCCAGAAGUUUUGUGUCGACAACGGAAUACACCACGUUACCACGGCUCCGUUCCAUCCUCAAUCCAACGGACAAGCGGAGAGGUUCGUGGAUACCUUCAAGCGUUCGGUGAAGAAGAUUCAGGAGGGGAGGAAUACAAGUACGCUGCAAGAAGCAUUGGACGUUUUUCUGUUGGUGUAUCGAACAACCCCAAACAGGCAAGUCGUCGAUGGAAAAUCCCCGUCCGAAGCGAUGUUCGGACGCCGCAUACGUACGAAUUUGGAUCUACUUCGUCCUCCACCUGUUUCAUCUGCCGUUGCAGCCGAACCAGAGCAAGACUCACAGAAGCGCCGCUUUGCUGCACAUGACCUUGUGUAUGCGAAGCUGUUUACCAAAAAUAAGUGGCGCUGGGCCCCGGGCGUGGUCUGCGAACGGAUUGGCCUCGUUAUGUACAGCGUAUGGGCAGAGGAUCGUCGGUUGAUACGAGCACACGUCAAUCAACUACGCAGUCGCUCGAGCACCUCUAAUCCUGGUCCAGAACUUAUUGAGAAUCGAGGACGUGACCGAACUCAGCUACCGUUGGAGAUUCUGCUUGACUCUUGUAACCUACAGAAGCCUUCGUUGAUUCCGGUAGCAUCGACACCAGAGCAGCUUACGAUGCCACCGCAAAGUUCUUCUGUGUCUCGUGAAAUUGGACCGCCUCAACAACCUGAACAUCAAGCAAGUUUCCAUUCGUCAGUUCGUAGCUCAAGUUCGUCUUCACCAGUGUCGUCAUCCAGGUCAUCAUCCGAAGCAUCCCCAGAUUUUGCUUCAGCCAGCAGUGGACCUGCAACUCCCACACAGGUACUGCCACGCCGUUCUUCAAGGACCCGAAGGCCGCCGCGUUGGUUCGAUCCGUACCGCCUGUAUUGAAGGAGGGGGAUGUUGGAGCGCAAUGGAAUAUGCGGAGUGCCCCUACCAAGCACGCCGCUGAGCUCGAGUUGGCAGCGUGAGCUACCACACUAUGAUGCCGUCGUUCCUGUAUGUGCUUUUCAUUCAUGUUUGUCUUUCGAUGUAUAUUGUUUACUUGUUGAUAGUCAGUUAAAUAAAGAUGUCGUUUUAGAAUGUUUUAUUGUAACGACGCGCGUUUUAAUUUGUUAAAAUAUCCGCGACUAAUUAUUGUGGUUUCGCGCCAAGUAUUCGCGUUCGCGAGUUCGGCCACCUUGGGCCCGAAACCAUAA